CUCGAUGGCCAAGAAGCCGCCGAAGAAGCCAACGCGCAAGUCGCGCGCCAAUCCUGCGGGUGCGCUCAAGAAGUCGCAGCCCAAGGUCAUCACCAGGGUCGAGAUCCUCGAGUACUACCAUGCGCAUGGCGAAAACCAAUCGCGCACAGCAAAGCACUUCAAGGAGAACGGCUUCCCGUCACUCAACCAGUCCACGAUCUCGCGCUACGUCCGCGAUGAAGCCAUGUGGCGCAAGCUCGCUGAGGACAAGCGCAGGCACGACGACGUCCGCAACAACUGCCGCACGCGUCUUAUGAACGACGACCUCGACGACCUCGAGGCACUCUUCUGCAAGCGCUUCAUCGGCGGGCGCGCCCUCGGUGGGUACGAGAGCGUCGACGAGUAUCUGCAACGGGUCGCCGACGCCGCCCAGGUGGCAGGCCACAGCGAAGACGAAGAGCUUAUGAUCGAGAAGGCACGCGAUGGACUUACGGAUCGGGACAUUCGCAUGGUCGCCGCCCGCAUGGACGGACCGAUCACUGCUGCGUGGGAGCCCUUAAAGAAGAGCGCCUUGGCCGUCGAUGAGCUACUGCGAUCCAGAAGACCACGACAAGACGCCCUGAGAAACGCCGCUGGACCCGACACGACGACGACGGCGUCCGCGAGCUCAAACGACGAGAGCGCCGGCGAGGGCAGUUGGGCCUUCCGCGCGCCAGUCGCCCAGACAACAUACCUGCACCCGUCGCCUGCGCAGUUUCCCGUCACCGGCUACCCGGAUGCGCCGGUUUUUGGGCGAGACCGCCGGUAGGAGCUACCCGGUGGUCGCACAAGGACGAGAAGCUCAAGGAAGACAAGGUAGAAGGAUGAUGACAAACGAAGAGACAGCGACUGUGGCCCCGACGCCGAUGCAGCCCGCGAUACCAGUACAAAUUAUGACGGCACGGCAGGACGUGGGCGGCGACGGUGAGAGGGCGGCGAUCCGGGCAGCACGAAAGGCCCGACGAGCAGUAGCCAAGAAGAGAGCGGUAGCCGAGGCCGCCAG